CAAUAAAAUGGCUCCCGUUGGCUCUCCACACCCACCCUUCCCUCCUCUCCUCCGCUUCCCUUUUUCCCGCCCUUGCACACCUCACCUGCUGGUGCAGACACUCAAAAACUUUCCCAAACCCAGCCAUCACAACCCGCGAGACGCCCUCACCGGAGACCCCCCCCCCAAAAAAAAGACCGACAGAAUCGUCACUGUCAGAGACCGCUCCCCGCAAACGAUCCCGACAUCCAAUGCAUAUACAAAAACCGUUCCAUAUGCGAACCUCGUUCUUCAAGUACCAGAUGCGUGUGGCCAGCAGCCACGAGACCCAGCUUCCCUUCGAGUCCGAGCAGCGCGCAGAUCCGGAGCGCCGACGGGGCUCAACCUGACUGCCUCAGCUUCAGCCGUGGCCUGAUUGAGGCCUGACCUUUGGAGGGCUCGACGAGGUAGCGAGACGGUCGUUGUCUUUUGUAGUCGAGCCGUUUCCAGUUUCACGAUAUACCACCACCACACCUAUACACACACACACACACACUUUUCGUCCAUCGCCUGCCGCCGACGGCCCGCACGCAUCAUGAUAAACCCGGCGCCCGCUGCGCGCAACACGGUGCGCGGCUUCCAAGCAACGCCUGUCGCAUCGGGCGAUGAGGACUCCGACUACGGCGCCUGCGAGACGCCUCGCCAGGGUGCCCGUCGCGGUCGCCCGAAUCGCAUCGACGAUGUCGUGAGCGCCCACUGCAGCCCCGUCCUGCGCGGCGCCCCGUCUCCCGGCGUGUCGGGCAUCGCCAAGCUGCGCAUGCAGAUGGAGCCCCUAAACCUCGACGGCUCGUCGCGCUCUAGCUCCGCAGUCCGCAACGGAGGCCGCUCCGGCUUGCGCAGCGCUGCCGACAGUCCGCGCUCUGCCAGCCGCGACGGCACCCGCAGCGAGGCUGGCAGCGAGAGCUCGGAGAACGGCUCGACCAGCUACGAGGUCAACCUGGAACACGACUUUGUGAGCGAGAGCGUGCGCGACCGCUCCGUCCUGCUCGAGACGCUCGAGGGCGGCCUCAACCCGCGCCGCAAGAUGACAUCGGAGGAGUUUGAGCCGCUACGCUGCCUGGGCAAGGGCACCUACGGCACCGUCCUGCUGGUCAAGCAGCGCGCCACGGGCCGGCUCUACGCGCAAAAGCAGUUCAAGAAGGCGUCGCUUGUCGUGCAUAAGAAGCUCAUCGAGCAGACCAAGACGGAGCGCCAGAUUCUCGAGUCGGUCAACAGGCACCCCUUUGUGGUCAAGCUCUUCUACGCGUUCCAGGACCUGGAGAAGCUGUAUCUCAUCCUCGAGUACGGCCAGGGCGGCGAGCUCUUCACGCACCUCAACACGGAGAAGAUGUUCUCGGAGACGGUGGCCGCCUUCUACAUGGCCGAGAUGCUGCUCGCCAUCUCCCACCUGCACAACGACCUGGGCGUCGUGUACCGCGACCUCAAGCCCGAGAACUGCCUCCUCGACGCCGACGGCCACCUCUUGCUCACCGACUUUGGUCUGUCCAAGGUGGCGGUGGAGCAGUCGGAGAGCUGCAACUCGAUCCUCGGCACCGUCGAAUACAUGGCGCCCGAAGUCAUUCUCGGCAAGAAGUACGGCAGGGCAGUGGACUGGUGGUCCUUUGGCGCCCUCGGCUACGACCUCAUGACGGGCAAUCCGCCGUUCCGGGGCGGCAAUCACGCCAAGAUCCAGGACAACAUUGUUAGGCAGAAGCUCGUGCUGCCAUACUUUCUGAGCCCAGACGCAAAGGACCUGCUGACGCGCCUCCUGCGCAAGGAGCCGCAGAAGCGCCUCGGGGCCGUCAUGCCGCGCGACCUGCAGACGCUCAAGAAGCACCGCUUCUUCCGCAAGAUCGACUGGCGUAAGCUCGAGGCGCGGGAGCUGGAGCCCCCGAUCCAGCCCAUGAUCACGGACCCGGAGCUCGCCGAGAACUUUGCGCCCGAGUUUACGGAGCUGGCACUGAGCCCCGUAGUGACGGCCAAGGACGCCUGGGCCGUUGGCGGCGCCCCAGCCUCGGGUCACAAGGAUGACGUGUUUGGCGGCUUCAGCUUUGUGGCGUCGUCGAGCCUGCUCGAGAGCAAUGCCUUUCCCGUGGCCAACGGGGUUUGAUGCUUUACUGGCGGCUUUUGUCGCUUGCUUUUUGUCGUUUUUGAGCGUUCGAAUAGCGUUAUAAAAGCCUUGAUUUUGAGGGUUUCGUAUGCAUGGUUUCAGUGUGUCACAACGAGGAGAGAGGGCCAGACGGCGACGAUCGUGGCGUGUUGUUCGACAUCGGGCCGCCAUGUGUGGAAAGCAUUGAUCGGCCUUUGGGCACGCUCCGUCUCCUGGCCCAUCGGCAUGGCCUCCGCAUAUCACCUUGCUCCAGGAGUCUAAUAUAGAGGCACAUAUAUAUAAGAGGCGACGGCUCAGUCCCUCAGGCUGCUCUGGCCGGAGACGGGGCGGCCUGUAGUUUCGUGGUAGACAGACCAUAGUAGUGGUGGUGGUCGGGGGGCAGAACUCUUUCUCGGGACCGGAACGCCGUAGAUGAAUGCGAAAUCGUACU